AAAAAAAAAAACCCUCAAGUGAAAAUGGUAAAGUACAUGCGACAGCGCAGCGAGCUGAAACCCGAAGAGGUCCUGUCGGAGUCUGAUGCGUCCAUGGACCAGCAGGAUUUCGGAGAGAUGUCCGACUAUUCUUUCAGCGACGUCCUGUACUCCAAAUGUUCCGCAAUGGACCAAAUCGGCACUUUCAUGAAGAACGUGCAAGUGCUGCUCGAUGCGGCGAAUUACAUAGAGAAUGUGGAGAAGAGCAGCGGAAAAUGUGAGCAUGGGUACGCUUCAACAUAUCCAACAACCCAGACUGCACUCCAACAGAAACAGCGCAAGUUCAAGAACAGGAAAUUAGACAAUAUUCACAAUAGGUCAGCACACAAUGAACUGGAAAAAAAUAGACGAGCACAUCUCCGCCUGUGUUUGGAGAGGUUGAAGUCCCUCAUCCCUCUGGGACCAGACUGCAGUCGGCACACCACACUGGGACUGCUCAACAAGGCCAAAGCACAUAUCAAGAAACUUGAAGAGAUGGAUCGGAGGAGUCAGCACCAGCUGGAGAACUUAGAGAGGGAGCAGAGGCACCUGCAGAGGCAGCUGGCCCAGCUGCAGCCUCACGGAGACAGGGAGAGGGUCCGUAUAGACAGCCUGGGCUCCCGCAUGGACUCAGACCGCUCAGAGUCUGACAGAGAGGAGAUUGAAGUCGAUGUGGAAAGCACUGAGUUCUCCCAUGGAGAAAUGGACAGUGUAAGCACCAGUGGUGCAAGCGACCUGGAUGACCACAGCAGCCGGCAGAGCUCAGCCAGCGACGAGGGCUAUUCCACUUGCAGUCUAAAACUGGCCUUCUCUGCUUAAAACACCAGCCUAUACUUUCAUACUACAGCUGCAGUCUUUUUAUGGCUUUCACCUUUUAAAGUACCAGCCUACAGCUCCAUUCCCCCUCGCAGUUUAGGUUAACUGUCCUCAGAAGAACCAACCUCAAUCCCACCUUUACCUGACCAAUGAAACGUCUACUCUACCCUGAGAACCAGCCUUAAGUUCAACUCAGUCUAAAAGUUUAAAACGUCUCCUUCCAAGAGCCGGAGCCCCCUGGCUCUGCAUCAGUCUGAAACAUUUUACACAACAGCCUCAAAUUUAACUUCUCUGGCAAUAUAUAAUGUCCUCAUUUUUCAAAGUUACUUGACUUGACUUGACUUAACCAAUCACCUGAAUGUCCCUUAACCCAUAACCAGCUGGAAUCAACCAUUCCUGCACUCAAUACUGAUCCUAUAGAGGGACCCAUGAUCGCACCAGUGUCCAACACUGAACGGGAAACUCUACCUUUAGUAAAGUUGAUCCUCUGAAACCAGCAAAAACACAAACAAACCCAAUACCAGCUAGAAGCUCACCAUUGGGAACGUUUGCUCCAUUUGCCUUGUAAAAACAUUGCCCUUUUUCUUUGGAUACAAUAUCCAGAUGGCACUUCUUAUCAGUGUAUAAGCCAGUUGCAAGGGCUACCAUGUCUGCAUUCCAAAAUGUUUAUUACACUCCUUUAACUUCUGCUUUAGGACCCACAACCACCAUUGAUCCACGUGGGGUCCCCCCUCCUCUUGACUGAAAUAGUUGUAUCCAAACAGGUGGUGUAGUCCACCCUUGUUACCCUAAUUUAUUUUGCAUAUGAUUAUACUAUUUAUUUUUUUUGGUAUAUUUAAUUUUACUGUAGCUAGGUCUUGGUCAUGCUUGAAUGAAAAACUGUUUUAAACUUCUUUUUUUUCUCUCCAUUGCUCACCAAAUUACUUGACAUGAAAUGAAUCCCCACUAAAGCAUAUGCAGUGCUAGUUUAAAUGCAUUAAACCUCUCACUGGUGUUUUGUUGAAAGAAGAAAGUCUCUCUUUCACACAGCGCAAAUUCAGUUUUUAUUUAGACAGUAAUAAGCUAUCCUGCACUUGUCCAAGCACAAGGCUCAAGCAAUAACGCGCGUAGUUUUUAUCAUAUCUUUAACGUUGGCUGUGUUUAGCACGAUGAUUCUGUCCGUCCAACACCAAAUUGCAGUUUGCUAGUUUUCCACUAGCUCCAGUAGUGGUAUCAGUUAUUAAUAAUCAGCAGUAAAAUGAUCGUAAUUUUUUUUUUUUUUUUUUUAAACAGUGCAUGUGUGUUGAAUGUAGCUUGUCUAAUCAUGUUGUAAUGUGCUUUCGAUUGACAAGUCCUAAAAAAAAAAAAAAAUAUCUGUAGCAUGAACAUAAACACUACAGAACACUAAUUUUGGUUUAUACUUCAAUGUUUAAUACUAUAUCUUUUUUUGUAUUGUAGCAGAAGUACAAGUUGAAAUCCUUGAAAUUUGGAGACUUCCCAUUGAUAAUUCAAUGUAUAUUUGACACAUAGAAUUGCACUGCUGACCUGUUAGAAUCCAUGAAACCAAAUAAGACAUUUCAAUAAGACCAUUUAUCAGCAUUUUUCUGGUCCAAGUCCGAACUAGAUCACCACCAAAUUGUGUCUUAACAUGGGUAUAUGGCUCUUGCACAAAGUUCCUUGUUACAGGUCUUUUUUCCCCCCCUCCCCAACAUGUUUGGGAAACUAUAAAAUGCACUAUGAAAAAGACUUUUGUUAAGGAAGUACGUCAAAGCACACCCCAGAAUGUUUUCUCUUGUGCUUAAUCAGCCAUCCAAGGUGACUUUUUUGCAAAACAUGUGCUGCUGGUCCCCUGCUAAGACUUUGUAACAGUUCCUGAUAACUGUCCCUGGAAUCUU